UCAAGGCUAGCUGUGACCUCAGGGUAACUACAGUAGGCUUUUGCAGCAAGCCUAUUCAGGCCUCUCCAAGCAGGGCAUUAGAUGAGAUCAAAUGACUGCCUUUCCCUGUAUGAUCAUAUUUUUCCUGGAAUCCUCCACUUUGGCACAUAUUGUUUUUUCAGAACUCUUCAAACCACAUGAUUACUCUGAAUGGCCUGAGCCCCCGUGUAAAAUAUAUUACCCACUGGAUCCUCUUUAUGAUGCAGACUGUCCUGAAGUGACAGCAUAUGUUUGUGGGACAAAUGGCCUCACUUACAAGAAUGAGUGUUUCCUUUGUGUUGAUCAGUGGGAAUUUGGUCCUCAUAUUAAAUUUGAAAAGUAUGGAAAAUGUGAUUAA